AUGAGCACUAUUCUGGAUAUUUUCAAACAAAUAACUUUAGGCAUGAAUUAUCUGCAUUCAAAAAAUAUUAUUCAUAGAGAUCUAAAAACGAACAACAUUUUCCUUAUGGACGAUAUGAGUACUGUGAAAAUUGGAGAUUUUGGUCUUGCUACUGUUAAAACUCGUUGGAGUGGAGGGCAACAAAGUCAGCAGCCCACUGGAAGUAUUCUGUGGAUGGCGCCGGAAGUCAUUCGCAUGCAAGACCCUAAUCCAUACACUACGCUAUCCGAUGUAUAUUCAUUCGGUAUAGUCAUGUAUGAGGUUCUAUCAAGCUCUCUGCCAUAUACUAAUAUAAAUAAUCGAGACCAAAUUCUUUUCAUGGUUGGUCGUGGCUAUCUCAGACCGGACGCUUCGAAAAUACGAUCGGAUACUCCGAAGCCAUUGCUGGCUCUUUAUGAGCGCUGCAUCAAAUACAAUAGAAGUGAAAGACCGGAGUUCAGCGAGGUGCUCGACAAAUUGCGCGGUGUCUCUCUUCCGAAGCUGACUCGAUCGACAUCUGCACCAAGUCUCUAUAGGGGUAUUUUGGAAACUGCAGAAUCAAUGGGAGGCUACAAUUCAAAUGCGUCUCGAACUACUCAUCACCUUUGGGAGAACGGGUAUGACCAUCGACGCUCUCUCUCCGAACAUUUGGGUCUUUUCUAG